AUGGUAAUUAGCACCUUGCAAACAACAUGGCCGGAACCAAUCGUGAGAGUACAGUCACUCUCGGAUAGCGGAAUAAACGCUAUUCCUGAGUGUUAUGUGAAACCCAUCAAAGAUCGCCCAUCCACCACCUGCUCGCUGCUAGUUCAUCAUCAUGAAUCGAGCCACCAACCCGAUAUCCCUGUCAUAAAUCUAGCCAACCUCUACGCCGACGACCCAACCUUGCGCAAAAACACCAUGGAUCUAAUCUCCGAGGCUUGUCGCGAAUGGGGCUUCUUCCAGGUUAUUAACCACGGGGUCAGCCACCGGUUGAUGGAGGCAACACGUAGCGUCUGGCGCGACUUCUUUCAUCUCCCGUUAGAUGUGAAACAAGAGUACGCAAACUCCCCGGCCACGUAUGAAGGGUAUGGAAGCCGUCUUGGAGUCGAGAAAGGGGCCAAGUUGGAUUGGAGCGAUUACUUCUUCCUUCACUUCCUUCCUCUUUCAUUGAGAGAUGAAUCCAAGUGGCCGUCUCUGCCCUCCUCUUGCAGGGAAUUGGUGGGCGAGUACAGCGAACAAGUUUUGAAACUAUGUGGCAAAUUGAUGAAAGUUUUGUCGUUGAACCUUGGAUCGGAAGAUGAGGAUUAUCUUGAGAAUGCAUUUGGAGGGAAACAAGGAAUUGGGGCUUCACUGAGAGUUAACUUGUAUCCAAAGUGUCCGCAACCUGAUUUGACCCUGGGAAUCUCACCCCACUCGGAUCCAGGGGGUAUUACCAUUUUGUUACCAGAUGAUCGUGUUUCUGGCCUACAAGUACGUAAAGGUGACGCUUGGGUCACCGUUAAACCUAUUCCUAAUGCUUUCAUUGUUAACCUUGCUGAUCAACUUCAGGUGGUAAGCAAUGCAAAGUACAAGAGCGUGGAGCACCGUGUGGUGGUUAAUUCAAGAGAAGAGCGGGUCUCGCUGGCUUUCUUCUACAAUCCAAGGGGAGAUAUCGCCAUUGAGCCUGCCAAGCAGCUACUAACAAACAACGAGCCAGCUCUGUAUCAGCCAAUGACAUUUAACGAGUACCGUACUUUCAUCAGGUUAAAUGGUCUUCAUGGGAAAUCACAAGUGGAGUCACUGAUCAAAUCUCGUCCAAAUUAAAAUAAAUGGUUCGCUAUGCCAUAAUUUCCAACAUAUAUAAUC